AUGGAUAUGAUGAUUCAUCGUCUCAUUAAAUUUCGUCGUACUAAUCUAGAUAUUCCUGUUUUCGACGUGCUCUAUGACGAUCUAAUAGCACAACCAAUCGAUAUUGUUCGUCGUAUCUACGAACAUUUUGGACUCGUAUGGUCAGAGGACUUCAGACAAGCAAUGGUCACAUGGCUUCGUGAAAAUCCUCAAGGCAAGCAAGGACGUAAUACAUAUACACUUGAAGAAUUCGGAUUAACGCACGAAUUAAUUGAUCAGCGUUACGAAGAGUACAAUACCAUGUUUCUCAAAUCUCUAGAAACAUAG